AUGAUUGUUUUUGGAAAUAAAUACGAAUAUUUAAGAGUUACAAAAGAAGAAGCAUUAUCCAUUAUACAUCCUGAAAGUUAUAUAUAAGAAUUUGAUGGUAAAACAAGAAAAAGAAGGAUAUUUUAAGAUGUUCCUUAUAACGAUUUUGAAAACUAAAAAUUAAAAGAAAUUGAAUAAACUUGCUUUGAAUAAAAACUAAAUCAUGCUGUACUUCAAUAAAAAGGAUAAUUAUUAAAGUUUUUAUAUUCAAAUAAAUUUGAUAUUUAAAAAACAUAUGAAAACUUAAAGUUAUAUAUUCAAUGGUUAAUGGAUCCAAAAACAUUUCAAUUAAAUAAUGUAUCAAAAUAGUAUUUAGAAAAAGGGUUUGCUUAUUUAGGCGGGAGAGAUAAAUAAUAUCGUCCAAGUAUUAUUUUUGAUGUGCCAAAAAUGCUUUCUGUAGAACUUAAAUUAGAAGAAAUAUUGCCUGUUUUCAACACUAUAUUAUGGAUGGCCUAAGAAUAUUAAUUUUAUAAUAAACAUAUUGAAAACUGGUAACUUUUUGAUUAAAUAUCGAAAUCAAGUACCAUUUAUUUUCCUGUAAAUUUGGAAAAUAUAUUUAUUUUACAUCCUUCGAAUUCUUUAAAAUUAUCUUGGAAUUUAGUUAAACCUUUUAUUCCAAAAGAAUCAUAAGAAAAAAUAUAAUUUUUAGAUGGAGAUGAUGUUAAAAAGCAAUUACUUAAAGUCUUUAAUCCAGAUUAAUUAGAAUAAAAAUAUGGAGGAUCAGUCACUGAUCUUAUGAAUAUAAAUUCUAGUGUAAACCCUUAUUAUUCUGUUUAAGGAAAUUAUAAUAGCAGUAAAGGUAGACCUUAUGAUUCUGUGAAAUACAAACAGCAAAAUAAUUGUGAUCCCAGUAUAAUUUUAAAUAAUAUUUUUUUUAUUCAAUUUAAAUAUUUUAAAAGCAUAAAAUAUACUGGAUGA